CGGCAAAAGGGAAGAGACAUGUUUCUUCCUAAGGGUCUCAAGAACACCAUUAUAAAGAGACCCAAGGGAGACUUCACAAUCCAUCGAAUUUGUAGUUUGUAUCCUUAGAGAAUCAAAACGUCACGGCUUCAUCAUCUUCUAUGGCACCGUCAACGUUCGGUUUCUCCUCAACCGUCGUGAGUUCCGCUGCAGAGGUUCUUGUGGAGUUGCCGACGCCGUAACCACUAUCUCCGGCAGCCGUGACCAAGCAGCACCGACAGUUGUAACCAAAGCUCACAUAGUUUGGUGAAUCGCUUUUCACAUAUCUGCUUAUGCUAAAACUUCACACGGUCGUAAUUAUAUGCCUUUUAAACACGGAAUUCUUCCAUCAGUUGAUUGUUGACCAUUUAGCUUCUUCAAUUGUGUGGAUCGGAGUGCCUGUAAAAAGUAAUAGGGGGGUUUGGAUCUGAUUCUUAAAUCUGUUUCUGCUCCUUCAAGGAGCAGAAGCAGAAGUUGAAGUGUUUGGGUGAAAGUGCAAAAGUAAUUCUGAUGUCUAACUUACUCCUACAAUCAAUUUUUUUAGAAGCUGGUGGAACCAUCUUCUGAACUGAUUCUAAUUCUGCUUCUAGUUCAAAAAAGAAGCAGAAUCAGAAUCAGUUCCAAACACUCCCAUAGACAUUUCUUAUUCAAUUGUUUGUAGUGGUUGUGUUAUAUGGAGUAUUAUUAAGGGUAAACUAGACAUUUACUUAUCAUAGUGGCUACAAAUAGUAAUUAUGUGGCUAUAAAUAGAAUAUAUCCCUUGGGGUUACAUUGAUUUAACCCAUAUUCACUUAGCCCAACCCAAAUAAUAACUAUAUCGAAUCUAUGAGCAUUACUCAUUUAAUUAUGAUGGACAUUCUUAGUUGUACAAAUUUAUUCCAAUUUGUUAUGGGCAAUCACUACUACAAAAACACCCUAUGAAAUCGCCUCAUAUGAAUCGCAUUGACAUCACAUGUGAUGUAUAAAUUUUAUGAAUCGCCUUUUAUAAAUGAUAUGAUGUAUAAAAUCUUUCGGAAAAAAAUGAAACAAACUUACGAAUCAAUUGAUAUAAAAAGUGUGAUGCAUAAGCCACCUAAUGCAUCCAAUACUUUUGGAGCCGACACGUAAACGAUUUUAAAAUUUCUACGGAGUAUGCCGGUCAACCAAAACAGAAAAGGAAAACAUCAAGCCGCACCAAUUAAAUCAAAUCAAUUGCAGUUAAAAAUGAAAAAGUAAACUCACAAGAAACAUGGAGUCUAUUACACGGCCAGAUCUCAUGACCUUCCAAACAGUUGGGCGGUGAAUUUUCAUCGCUCUCAACGCUCGUAGUACCUCCGGCGACAAUAUACUACGGCGAGCUCUCACAGGAGACAAAUAUCAAUACAGCAAUUCCAGCGAGAGCCAAACGGGUAAGGCGAGAAAUCAACACAGCGAUUCGAGCUCUUCUCUGGCCUCUCUUAUUGGCAACAAGGAAAGUCGAGAAAUCACCGCUUGUACUUCGCUUCAGUCGGCUCUCCAGUUCAGAUAUGGACAAGCAUUGGAUUUCAUGUACACGCACUACAUCUGAAUUCCAACAAGGGGUUGAGGACUUUAUUCAAUUUGCAUUCACACAUAGAAAAGAAGGGGAAAAGUUGCCUUGUCCUUGUAGGAAAUGUGGUAAUAUGUGUAAGGUAUCUAGGAAAGAUGAAUUGCGUGAGCAUAUUUUCUGUAAUGGGUUUUCAAGGAAUUAUACUGAAUGGAUAUUUCAUGGCGAAAGGGAAAUGGGUAGUACCAUUAACCACCAUGAAUGUCAUGCAGAUCACUUAAAUCAAGAUCAAAGUGAUGAAAAUGAUCAAUUAGAUGAGAUGUUGCACGAUAUGGAGGAUAAUUUCACAUACAUGCCACACGUCUUCGAUAGUAUACAAAGAGAUGCUGAGAAACCUUUAUAUGAAGGUUGCUCAAAGUAUACUCGAUUAUCGGCAGUAUUGAAAUUAUUCAACCUUAAAGCGGCAAAUGGGUUGAGUGAUAAGGGCUUUACAGAAUUAUUGAAGCUAUUGAAAGACAUGCUUCCCAUGGGUAACGAGCUUCCGGAUUCCACCUACCAAGCUAAGAAGAUUUUGUGCCCAAUGGGAUUAGAAGUUGAGAAGAUACAUGUUUGCCCUAAUGAUUGUGUGUUGUAUCGGAAGGAGUAUAAGAAUUUAAAACAAUGUCCAAGAUGUGGAACAUCACGGUAUAAGGUGAAAACCAGUGUUCACGACACAAAAAAUGGCCCUCCUGCUAAGGUGUUGUGGUACUUGCCUAUAGUGCCAAGGUUUAAACGCUUGUUUGCCAACGCUAAAGAUGCAAAGAGCUUAACAUGGCAUGCAGAUCAGCGCAAAGAGGACGGGAUGCUACGACAUCCAGCAGAUUCCCCACAAUGGAAAAACAUUGAUAAUGUUUUUCCAGAUUUUGGAUGUGAGUCAAGAAAUUUAAGGUUGGGUCUCUGUACAGAUGGAAUCAACCCAUUCGGUAAGAUGAAUAGCCAACAUAGCACAUGGCCAGUUUUGUUGGUUAUUUACAACUUAGCACCUUGGUUGUGCAUGAAACGCAAAUAUAUGAUAAUGUCUUUAUUAAUAUCGGGACCUAAGCAACCGGGGAAUGACAUAGAUGUCUACUUAGCACCACUGAUUGAGGAUUUGAAGAUGUUAUGGGAUGAAGGAGUGCCCGUGUUUGAUGCAUACCGUCACGAGUCUUUCACGUUGCACGCCAUGGUAUAUUGCACGAUAAAUGACUUUCCCGCUUAUGGGAACUUGUCUGGUCACACAACUAAGGGAUAUAAAGCUUGCCCUAUCUGUGAAGAUGAUGUCAAAGCUAUGCCUUUAGCAAAAAGCAAGAAGAUAGUGUAUUUAAGUCAUCGAAGAUUUUUGCCUCGUUUCCACCCUUAUCGAAGGCUUCGAAAGGCUUUUGACGGAGAGCAAGAACAUGGACUUGCUCCCCGACCUCUAACGGGGAAGCAUGUUUUUGAACGGGUUAAAGGAAUACAUUGUAUAUUUGGAAAACCCUACAAGCCAUUGAAUGAACAUUGUUGUUAUAAAAAGAUGUCUGUGUUUUGGAACCUUCCAUAUUGGGAGCAUUUGUCAGUGAGACAUUGUAUUGAUGUUAUGCAUGUUGAGAAAAACGUUUUUGAUAGUCUCAUUGGGACACUUCUUAACAUGCCCUUUCAUUUUGCACCGAGUAUUUGGCAGAGACACAAAGAAUCGGGCUUCCUAAACCGCGUCAUGAUGAGGAGAGAAUUCAAGGUAAGGGUACAGUUGGUCGUAAGAUACACACAGUUAGCCGUGAAAUCCUUGAUCAGGCUUACUUAUACAUAUUACAACAGAGUGUUGUAGUGAGUCCUUACAUGAAAAUACACAUGGACAUUCUGCGGCUUGAAAAUCCAGGAAUAAGUGAAAAAAGGCUCAGAGAUAAGCACAAUCGAUUAUUUAUAAACUGGUUCAAAGAAACAUUGAAUCUUGAGAUGGCUCAAACGCCGAAUGAUGUCAAUGAAGUCCUUAGGUGGUUAGCAUUUGGUCCAUCACUCAAUGUCAUAUCGUAUGAGGGUUACGAUAUAAAUGGGUAUUGUUUCUACACUAGACGAAAGGAUGAUUCUAGCACCAUGCAAAAUAGUGGUGUGAGUUUAGUAGCAUCCGCACUACAUUUUUCGAGUGCCAAAGAUAACAAACCAGAAUAUGCAAGAAGGGCAUACUAUGGCAUUAUUGAAGACAUAUUUGAACUUGAUUUUACUGGAUUUAGAGUCCCUGUGUUUCGAUGUAAGUGGGCAGAUAUGAGGAGAGGUGUCAAAAGUGAUGCGUUCGGGUACACAUUAGUAAAUUUUGAUAAACUUGCUCAUCGUGAUGAGCCAUUCAUAAUGGCAUCACAACCAAAACAAGUCUUUUACAUAACAGAUCCAUGUGAAAGAGGGUGGAGUGUAGUUAUUCAAGGUAAAAGACAUGGCGUUGCAGUUGUGGAUAUUGUGCCAAAUGAAGAAGAGUAUGAUGAGAUUGAAGAGAUUCCUAUACUUUCUGUUCAUCAAAAUAUACCACUUAUUGAAGAUGACUUGGGUGGACAUUAUUUGCGCAAUGAUCAUGAUGAAGGUGUAUGGGUUAGUAGUAAGUCACCGAAGACCUAAAAUGGGGGGAAAGACUAGCAGCAUCAACUCAACUUAUAAGGAUUCAUAGGUAUACAAACUUUAAUCUACCGAGCAUCAGAAGUCACACAAGAUUUUGUUUUGCAAUGGCUUCUGAGGUUGAACAUGAGAAGAAAAAACAAAGUGGGAAGACUAGAGGGCCAACAACGGCCAAGUAUAUAAUGAAAGAGGAUAAUGGACCAUGUCCUCUUCAAUGGGAUGAAUAUGAUCGCCCAAUUGGAGAGCAUGAGGAUAGGUACAAGACCUAUGUUGGAUCAAUUUCACGUGGAUAUUUUAAAAUCUACAUUGAUAAGUGGCCCAAGGUUGAUAUGGAAACAAAGGAAAUGGUGUGGAGUGCUAUACAAAAAUUGUUCAUGUGUGACGACAACAAAAAAAGUGUGGUGUUGAGAGAUUGCAGAAAUAGGUGGAAAGGUUUCAAGACAAGAUUAACUCGUGAUUACUUCUUAAAACGAAAGAAGAAUGAAGUAGAUCAUCCUCCAUGGAAUAUAUACUCAGGAAUCACUGAAGAUGAUUGGAAAAAAUUUAAACAGAUUCGUGAAAGUGAUGAGUUCAAGGAAUUAAGCGAACAAAAUUGAACAAACCAACAAGAGAAUGAGCACCCUCAUCGCAUGGGUCGGGGAGGAUAUGGUCACGCAGACCAAGAAUACAUGCGUGCCAAAAUAAAGGAAGCUCUUUUGUCAGCACCCUCUUCUUUAGGUGCUGAAUCAGCGUCAUCUACUUCCAUAGUGGCUACUAGACCUCGUUAUAUAAAGUGGAUUGAUGGAAGAACGGACAAGAAGGGACUUAUCCCGAAUCCUAAGACUCGGUUGGUGGUAAACACAAUACAUGAUUUGGUGGAAAAAGAAAAGGCUGGAGAGUUUAUUCCAGUAGGAAGCCAUGACAUUUUGACUGAGGCGCUUGGGAAUUCUGAACAUGGUGGCCGUGUUAGGGGAAUUGGAGGGAAGGCCAAUCUCACAUCUUUUUUUAAAAGAAAGAAGCGUCGACAAAAUGAGAUAAUGGUACCUUUAAAACAACUGCAAGAAUAUGCCAAGCUAGUGAGGGACCAAACUAUAGCUGAAUUGGAAGUAAAGUGGGAGCAAAGAACAUAUGAGAUUCUGAAAUCUUGUGGUAUAACUCCACCGUGUGAUGUUGAGUUGAAGACAAGAGACUUUACCCCUCCUAUUCCAAAUAGUAGUAGUGUUCACUCUUUUGAUCCCGAUCCAUUUGUAAACACAUCAAAGGAUGAACUUCCCUGUGAGCUAACAGUACCUGGUAAUCGGGUGGUGGCAAAAGGAGUACUAUGUAAACAUCUAAUGGGGGAGCUUGUUCAUGGGACUCCAUUACUCAAAGACCAUUUCAAAGUAAAGAUUUUGCAUGUACUUGCUGGAGAGGAGGAUACACCCUUACCAAUGCCAUUCUUCGGGCAUGAUUUACUUGGUGAUGUAGAAGGAAGUUGGGCUCAAUGGCCAAAAAAACAAGUUCUACUAUCACAAGAGGUUAACCACCCACAGCGGAAAAAGAGAAUGCAAGCAGAUAAAAGCUCAGCUGAUAGUAGGUUAAAAUUUCAACCCCUGUCCCAAGAGGAACAAGAUCUGGACAGUUCACACUUCAAAAUCCAUCCUUCCAUUGUUGGGACAUUACCUCCAAGCUGCAAGAAACUCUAUGGCAUGCUUCAAUCUCAAAAGAAGGACUUCUGUUUUAAUGUUGAUCUUGGUGAAUAUCUUUUUCCCUCUUUUGGAAAUCAAAAAUCGAAAGCUUAUGUAACCAGUGAUGACAUUGAGCAGUUUUUUAACAUGGGAUGGCUACACACAUCAAUUGUUCACAUUUGGAUAAGGUUUUUGGACUCUAAUUCCAAGCAUUAUCAAAUUGAAGACGAGAUUGGAUUUCUAUGUCCUUCAAAGCUUGCCAUGAUUAAGAGUAGACCUUCUUAUCUUGCGAGUUACUUGAAUCAUUCUAUUUCCCAACUCAGAAUGAAGAAAUUCUUAUUUGCUCCCUUGCAUCAAAGCCAUCAUUGGAUGCUUGUUGUGAUUAUUAUGGAACGAGCUGAGGCUUUACUCUUCAAUUCAUUAGGAGUUGGGUUAAUGGGGCCCGGGUUUGAAGAUUUGGAAAUCAAAGGACAUUUGUCUCUGGCUUAUAGGACUCUAAAUUUCAACAAAGGAUCUAGAAGCUCACUAAGUUGGACUGAAGUUAAAUGUCCUCAACAAUCACGUAAAGAUGAGUGUGGCUAUUACGUCAUGAGAUUUAUGUAUGAUAUAUUACUUGGAUUGCUAGAAAAUAGAACUAUACAAGAGCUCUUUUCUCCAGAUCCAUACACUCAAGAGCAGAUCAAUGAGAUUCGGGAUACUUGGGCUAAAUAUUUUAUUAAUAAUUGUGUGUAGUUCGAUUGGAUUAUACUUUUUAGAUAUACAAUCUACAUUUGUAUGGAGUGUGGAACAGUUCAGCUCGUUUUAUGUGUCUUGUGUUUCAAAAUGUUAUGCUUUCAGAUUAUCCAUUGACAUUUUGAGAUUGUAUGUUUUAUGUUUAGAAUAAAAUGACAUUUAAAUCA